UUUCGCGCACGCGCCAAUCAUUCUAUUUCGACAAGAAAAUGCUUCCUGCCUCUUUUCUCCUUAAUUUGACUAGAAAUUUGGAUCAAACCCAGUGAAAUUCCAUCGCAUAACCUUUCGUCGUCAUCCCACUAGGGUCAGAGGUUCACAUGGAGUCGGGCUCGGCAGCAUUUGAGCUGGGAUACUUUUCAGGAAGUCCGCACUGUGGAAAUUCUGCCAAGACAACAAAUACCGUCACCAAAACCGUCAUGAAACACAUCUCAGAUCGACAUCCAAAACAGACGCUUGACUCGCUCGAAGCCCUUCGGCAGUGUGAGGAACUCUGUGAUGUGGUGAUAAAGGUCGGAUCCAGCACCAUUCACGCACAUAGGGUUGUUUUAGCCGCAUGUAGUCCGUAUUUUCGGGCCAUGUUUACGCGAGAAAUGGCGGAGAGUCGCCAAGCUGAGAUAACUAUUCGUGAUGUUGACGAAAGCGCCAUGAAUUUACUAAUAACAUUUGCAUACACGGCCUCCAUCACGAUAGAGGAGACGAACGUUCAGACGCUAUUGCCGGCUGCUUGUUUGCUUCAACUUACGGAGAUUCAAGAAAUAUGUUGCGAAUUUUUAAAACGUCAACUCGAUCCAUCAAAUUGUUUGGGCAUUCGUGCUUUUGCGGAUACUCACUCGUGCCGGGACUUGCUUAGGGUGGCUGAUUUAUUUACGCAACAUAAUUUUCAAGAGGUAAUGGAAAGCGAAGAGUUUCUACUCUUACCAUUCGCACAACUUGUUGAUAUUUUGUCCAGUGAUGAAUUAAAUGUGCGCUCUGAAGAACAAGUUUUUUAUGCAGUGAUGAACUGGAUGAAAUAUAAUGUCACUGAACGAAGGGCAUAUCUAUCACAUAUUCUACAACAUGUGAGACUGCCACUUUUAGGCCCAAAAUUUUUAGUUGGUGUCGUUGGGACUGAUGGUCUAAUAAAAAGUGACGAAACAUGCCGAGACCUUGUCGAUGAAGCUAAAAAUUACCUACUGUUACCAGAGCAACGACUUUUAAUGCAGGGACCCAGAACAAGACCAAGAAAGCCUACAAAGUGCACAGAGGUUAUUUUCGCGGUAGGAGGGUGGUGUAGUGGUGAUGCGAUCAGUAGUGUCGAAAGAUAUGACCCUCAGACGUCCGAGUGGAAGAUGGUUGCCACCAUGAUGAAACGUCGUUGUGGUGUUGGUGUCACGGUAUUAGACAAUCUGUUGUAUGCUGUCGGGGGGCAUGAUGGCAGUAGCUACCUGAAUAGUGUUGAGCGUUAUGACCCCAAGACAAACCAAUGGAGUAGUGAAGUGGCACCAACAAGCACUUGUAGAACAAGCGUAGGGGUUGCUGUGCUUGAUGGGUUUAUGUAUGCUGUCGGGGGCCAAGAUGGUGUCUCAUGUCUAAACAUUGUUGAGAAAUAUGACCCAUCUGAGAAUCGCUGGGCACGGGUUGCACCUAUGAGCACCCGACGUCUCGGAGUGGGCGUGGCUGUUGUUGACAGCUUCCUUUAUGCCAUAGGAGGGUCAGAUGGUACAUCUCCAUUAAACACUGUUGAACGGUAUGACCCAAGCUGCAACAAAUGGGUUUCUGUGGCAUCAAUGGGAACACGAAGGAAGCAUCUAGGAGCAGCAGUUUUUCAAGAUAAGCUUUAUGUUGUUGGUGGUCGAGAUGAUGCGACAGAGCUGAGCAGUGCCGAACGCUAUGACCCCAAAACCAAUCAGUGGUCACCAGUAGUAGCCAUGAACUCUCGCCGCAGUGGUGUAGGACUUGCUGUUGUAAAUGGCCAGCUACUUGCUGUUGGGGGUUUUGAUGGAACAACCUACUUAAAAACAAUUGAGGUGUUUGACACCCUGACUAAUCAAUGGAAGAUGUCAGGGGGUAUGAACUAUCGGAGACUGGGAGGUGGUGUAGGUGUUGUAAGGUUACCAUUGAGUGAUACUAUAGGCUGCUAGGUAAAUGGAUUCUAAUUGAAAUACUUUAAUAAAGGUACUCAAUAUUUCAAGUGUAUAUAAGUAUUUCAAUAAUCAACUCUCAGGCUAUGGAAUCAGCCCUCAUGAUAUGGAUGGUGUAAAAGUUGAUAAAGUUGAUUACAAGAGGGGACUAGGCCCUGCCUAGGCUAGGCAUCAACUCCUAUACAAGGCAAAAUCAAUUUGAGGUCUACCAGAAUCUGUGUUGUAUGAAUAAUUCAUUAUCUGUUCUUCCAUUAGAGGCUGUCCAUUUGAUAGCUGAAGGGAAGGUAAUGAAAAUAGAGGAAAUAAAAAACACACCAAAAUAUUAAGGAUAAUAUCUCACAAGCAUGCCAUGGCUAAAAGGCUUAACAGACUUCCAGAGAAUAAAUAUUAAGCAACAUCAACUGGCCACGACAACAAAUAAUGAGGAGAUGAAAAAUCUGUUACCUGACAAAUAUCAAAUGGUCUGUGCCUUACUUGCAUUAUAGCAAAUGACCAAAAUGGUUACAACACAAUUUAAACUACAACAAUAAGUGUAAACGCUUUGCUCACAUGGGACCUUAUUAUGAGAUCUUUUGUUGUGGUUUAUGACUGUGAAUUUAAUGAAAAUAUUAGUUUUAUAUGUCUAAUUGUAAUAAAAUUACAAAUAAAGUAUAUCAAUUUAAAAA